GGCAGCACAUGGCGCAUGCUCGGUGCCCUUUGUGUCCCGGGUUGGUUGGCUGGCGGGCGGCUGGCUUGGCGAAGGCCCGGCCGCUUUGAGCGCCGCACCGGCCGCAACGCGGGUCCCGCCGUGAGGCUCAGCGAAGUCGGCGGCGGCGGGGCCGGCUCCGCCAUGGUGAAGAAGCGGAAAGGCCGUGUCCUCAUUGACUCCGACACCGAAGACAGCGGCAGCGAAGAGAACCUGGACCAGGAGCUCUUGUCAUUGGCCAAACGGAAACGCAGUGACUCUGAGGAAAAGGAAGCACCUGCUAGCAAGCCAACAGCAUCGUCAGACUCUGAGACUUCAGACAGUGAUGAUGAGUGGACAGUUGGAGGUGCUAAAAACAAAAAGAAAGGGAAAGCAGGGAAAGCAGAGAAAAAAGCAGCCAUGAAGAAACAAACAAACAAAGCAGCUUCAUCAGGCAGCUCUGAUAAAGAGAGUUCUGCAGAGAGCUCAGCACCUGAGGAAGGUGAAGUAUCAGACUCUGAAAGCAACAGCUGUUCAUCCACCUCUGACUCUGAUUCAUCAUCUGAAGAUGAGUUCACGGAUGGCUAUGGGGAGGACCUCAUGGGUGAUGAAGAGGACAGAGCUCGGCUGGAACAAAUGACAGAGAAGGAGAGGGAACAGGAGUUGUUCAAUCGGAUAGAGAAGAGAGAGGUGCUGAAAAGAAGAUUUGAAAUAAAGAAGAAAUUAAAGACAGCAAAAAAGAAAGAAAAGAAAGAGAAAAAGAAAAAGCAAGAAGAAGAACAGGAAAAGAAGAAGCUUACACAGAUCCAGGAAUCCCAGGUAAUGUCACACAAUAAAGAGCGGCGGUCAAAGCGAGAUGAAAAAUUGGACAAGAAAUCCCAAGCCAUGGAAGAGCUGAAAGCAGAAAGAGAGAAAAGGAAGAACAGGACAGCAGAGUUGCUUGCAAAGAAACAGCCAUUAAAAACUAGCGAAGUAUACUCGGAUGAUGAAGAGGAGGAGGAAGAUGAUAAAUCUAGUGAGAAGACUGAUCAUUCAUCCAGGUCUUCGUCUUCUGAUGAAGAGGAAGAGAAAGAAGAAAUUCCUCCCAAAUCACAACCAGUGUCUUUGCCUGAAGAACUGAAUCGGGUUCGAUUAUCUCGGCACAAACUGGAGCGUUGGUGUCACAUGCCUUUUUUUGCCAAGACAGUCACAGGCUGCUUUGUGCGCAUUGGCAUAGGCAACCACAACAGCAAACCAGUUUACAGGGUGGCAGAAAUAACUGGUGUUGUAGAAACGGCAAAGGUUUAUCAACUUGGAGGUACCCGGACAAACAAAGGAUUACAGCUAAGGCAUGGCAAUGACCAGCGUGUUUUCCGAUUAGAGUUUGUCUCCAAUCAAGAAUUCACAGAGAGUGAAUUCAUGAAGUGGAAGGAAGCUAUGUUUUCUGCUGGGAUGCAGUUACCCACAUUAGAUGAAAUAAACAAGAAGGAAGUAUCCAUCAAAGAAGCCCUCAACUAUAAGUUUAAUGACCAGGACAUUGAGGAGAUUGUAAAAGAAAAAGAGAGAUUCCGAAAAGCUCCACCAAACUACGCCAUGAAGAAAACGCAGCUAUUAAAAGAAAAGGCAAUGGCAGAGGACAUGGGAGACCAAGAUAGGGCAAAACAGAUUCAAGAUCAGCUUAAUGAGCUAGAGGAGAGAGCAGAAGCCUUGGAUCGUCAGCGAACAAAAAAUAUUUCAGCCAUUAGUUACAUUAAUCAGAGGAACAGAGAAUGGAACAUUGUGGAGUCUGAAAAGGCUUUAGUGGCUGAAAGCCACAAUAUGAAAAACCAGCAAAUGGAUCCCUUUACUAGGCGGCAGUGCAAACCCACAAUAGUCUCCAAUUCUAGAGAUCCUGCUGUCCAAGCUGCUAUCCUUGCCCAACUGAAUGCAAAAUACGGAUCUGGUGUAUUGCCAGAUGCUCCAAAGGAUGUGAACAAGAGUCAGGGAAAAGACAAAGAUAUGAAUUCAAAAUCAGCCAGUGACCUCUCAGAGGACCUCUUCAAAGUGCAUGAUUUUGAUGUGAAGAUCGAUCUCCAGGUUCCCAGCUCAGAGUCUAAAACACUGGCUAUCACCUCCAAGGCUCCUCCUGCAAAAGAUGGGGCACCCCGGCGGUCACUGAACCUGGAGGACUACAAGAAAAGGCGGGGACUUAUUUGAGCAUACCCACUCUCUGCUGCUUCUGAUCCUGCAUGCAACAUGAUGUCCAUUAUUUUGUUCCUUCCCUCUUCAGUUUGCCCUUUGGGGUUGGAGCAGCAACAGAGCUGGGAAGAGACUCUUCAAAAUUGCCAGCCAUCUGUAAUAUAAACCAUUGACUCUUUACUGUAUAGAUCUCCCUUCUUGCCCUUUCCUCCUGCCACCCACACGUGUGGAUCCGUGCUAUUUAGGGUUUUGGGGGGAUUUUUUUUUAUACAGCUGGUUGGCUGGCUAUCAAUACUCAGUGUUAACCUGGAGUCUGGAUUUCUGCAGGGAAUCUCUUGGAGGCACAAGCAGUGUUCACUCUUGGCUGACUUACCACCACAGGCAAGGAAAGUGAAACUGGCACAAGGCCUCUUGGGGCUUGAAAGUCACCUACACCUUUUUCCCUACUCUUUCCCCCCUGGCCCCCAGCUUUGAAGAAGGACAUCUUUACAAACUGAGUUAGGUUGAAAGUGUACAUUUUUGUGGGGGUGGGCGGGUUGUGCAAAUUUUUUUCAGGUGGUUUUUUUAUCAUUUUUAGCCUGCAGUACUGUUUGUAUCUGUCACAGUUCUUUACAGCUGUCCUGAAUUUCUACCAGCUACAUUGGAGCAUCCAAAACAGCAAGAGCAAUUUAGUAAAAGUAAUUCUUACUAAACAAAAAAGAGUCUGGCUGACAAUAAUUGUGCAACUUCACUCUUCUCCGUUUGCACAGACUUGUAAAAAUUACUCCCCUCUCCUUCCUCCAGUGUCUUGCUUUGUAAAAUCUGUACUACGUAAUACUAAAUUUCCCUUUUAUCAGAGAGGUGGGGCAACUUCUUCCCUCUUGAUCUCUCUCUUUUUUUAAUUACAAAAUCUAUAUUGUCAUCGAGCUUUUGUUUUCCCUCAUGGUCACCUCAUCUUUUCCAGGCCAGAAUUUUUUUUUAUUUGCCUCUUGCUUAAACUUAAAAACGAAACAAAACCUUGAUUUGCUGAAUGGGAAGGAUACAGUAGAAAACAAAACUAGGAAAAUAUGGAAGGGCAGUUCCUUGACCUAUAUGUAACUGGUACAACAUGUGCAGAGGAAUUCUAGCACAAGAAUUGUAUGUAUGGAAUGUCUGAAUAGGAACAAGAUGACUGCUUGAUAAUCACUCAGGUGUAAAGAUCAAAGUGUAAAUAAAUGGCAUUUUAUCAAAGAGCUCUUCAGAAUAAAAUACAGUGAGUUAUACUGCAUUAAGAACUAUAUACACACACCGGUGAUCUGACAGAUUACUCUAAUGCCAGUUCUGGAAAGUGCCCUGAAUUAAGGUUGCUUUUCUCACUCUGGGUGAAAAGGAAAACCCCUAACAUGCAUAAAGCAUUCUUAAGCAAGCCCAGCAAACUGUUUUGCUUACAUCUGAAUAGAAGUUUGAAUCUUGUGGCUCUGAUCCUUAUCAAUGCUUUAAUGCAUUUUCUUUGUAAUUCUUUAUUUAAGACUAGGAAGAUAUGGAACUGUGUAAAACUUGAUGAAGUGAAGAGAGGAUUUUAAAAAGCUCAGAAUCCUCCCCCUGAAGCAGUUCUUGUCAGGUCCUGUAAACUGUGUGGCUUUAUUUACUAGAUAGUCCAUAGUUUGUGACCCACUUUGUGGACUAUUGUGUAAACACGUAAUCAUUCUGUUUUUCUGCCUUUUUUCCCAAACUGCCCUUCCUUGAGCUCGCUCUUCUGAUCUCUUAUUUACAUAUGUGCUUCUAACUUUUUUAAAGAAUGAAUUUCUUGAAUCUGCCAAUGUAUCGCUGUUUGGGCACUAUCAUGAUACACAUGAUGUGGAUACACAGCUGGCCUCACUUGAUUUUUGCCAGCAACAUCUGUAGUAGCCAGUCUCCCCAACACCAACACUUCUGAUAAAGAAAAAUAUUGUAAAACUACUGCAGGGUUUAAUAGCCUACCAAUUUCUACAAAAGUUAGGAAAUAGGAGAAUGAAAGAGCAAGCAGAGAUUGAAAUGUAUAACUUCCUUGAGUUUUCACCAGCUCUGCUCUGAUGGCAGUCCAGACCUUUGCAGCAAAGGUAUGCCUGCUGAAAUCUGGGCUUUAUAACUGAAAUAUGGAUGACAUCCUUAAGUUGUAAAUAAUGCAACAGUUUUCUUAAUGGAGCUACAGAAACGAGGAGGGGAUGAUGUAUUUAGGAAAAACGAAUGAACUAUCCCCUAUUCACCAAUGAAAGAUUCUGACCUGAACAGAGGUCAUGGCCUACCAGUCCUUGUACACCAUCUGUUCUUUCACUGAGAAUAAUGCCUUGAGGGAGUAUUUUUUCCUCAAAUAGUUAUGGAAUUGAUUGUUUAUGAAGGUGUAACGUUUUCUCCUCUUUAAGUGCAUGUGACAGUGAGUGACAACAACAAUGGCUCAUUGGGAGGGGAUGGGUUUAUUUGCUUUAAUUCAUUUGAUGUCUUGGCAGCAUUCGUUACAAAUGUAUAGACUUCUAUAAAUAAACUUUGGUUGGUUUUAA